CGGCGGCGGGAAGCGCGAGGGGGCGGGUCCUAAAGCGAGACCCCGCCCUCUCCCCGCCCCCAAGCGGGCGUGGCCGAAACGCGGUCUGCCGGCGGCGGCGUUUAAAGAGGCCGCGGGGACGCGGGCGCGCCACCGGCACCGGCAGCCACCGGCACCCCGACCGGCACCCCGCUGCACCCCGCCAGGUGGCAGGAUGGCAAGUGAGCGGCUGCGCAGCACCCAGGACCUGCUGGAUCUCACUUUCCAGUCCCUGGCCAUGCAGCACAUGGACCUGAAGCAGGUGGAGCUGGACACGGCAGUGGCCAAGGUGGACGAGCUCUCCCGGCAGCUCGAAUCCCUCUGGACUGACGGUCCCGGACCCCCCAAGCAGGAGCCGUACAGCCCCAGCCGGACCCGCUCGCCCCUUGGCCGGAGGAGCCUGGCACCGGAGAACCCUGAGUUAUCAGGGGACCUGCUGGGGCGCCCCGGCUCCCCCCGGACCCCCCAUUACCUCCCGGGGGAGGAGCGGGCCCCCUCGCCCCGUCCCAAGGUGCUGUCAGUGCCCUACGAGGGGCUAGCGCUGCCCAGCCCAGGGGGCCGAGCCCCCUCCCCACGCCCCCAUCGUCCCUAUGAGUUCCUGGGGCUCGGGGGGUCCCCCCGAGCAGGCGAGGGGUCCGUGUUCUUCCCUGAGCGGGCGCCCUCGCCCCGGCCCCCCGCGCCCCCACCCUACGAGAUGCAUGGGCUGUACCCCUCCGUCAGCAGCCCCACCGUCACCUUCCGGGCACAGGAUGACCUCGUGAUCAAGCGGCGGCCGCAGAAGAGUUGGAACGAGUCCGACCUGGACGUGGCCUAUGAGAAGAAACCCCCUGGCUCCGGGGGCUAUGACCGCACCGGCGAGGGGCAGCCGGGGCUGCGGCCGUCCCUGGGGCUGGCGGUGGCACCCUGGAGGGAAUCGAGCCUGGACGGAGCCGGCGGGCAGGGCAAGGACGGUGCCUACGGGGGGCACAGCGCCACGCUGCCCCGUAACUACAAGGUGUCCCCGCUGGCGGGCGAGCGGCGGGUGGAGGGCUCCUUUCGGCGCUCGGCACCCGGCACCCUGCCCCGCAGCUGGCACUUCCCCCAGCAGCCCGUCUCCCGCAUCCCCGUGCCCCCCCAGGGUGGACGGCCCCCCCGCCACAAGCCCCUGCCCCUCUCCAUGAUCUUUAAGCUGCAAAAUGCUUUUUGGGAGCAGGGGGUCGGCGGUUCUCGGGGACUUCCCCUCGUCCCCCCUGCCGGCCCCCGUGCACCCCAAAAGCAGCCCCAGCUCCCGGCGCUGCCCCAGGCACCCCCGGCGCUGCCUGGGGGUGAAGGAUCCGGGCGUCCUGUGCCCCCUGAGACCGUCCCACCGGAGGGGGAGCCGGAGCUGGAGCGGCUGCUGCAGGGUGGGGAGGCUGAGGGGCUGGAGCGGCCCCUGAGCCCCACGCGGCUGCAGCCCCUGCUGCCCCCCGAGGCCCAGCGGGUCCCCGAGUUUGAGGAGGUGGCGCGGGUGCUGGCUGAGAUGCCGCGGCCCCUCAAGCGCCGCGGCUCCAUGGAGCAGAGCCCCGGGCCGGUGCUGCCACCCACCCGCACCCGCCAGUACCAGCAGCUCAUCACCCGCCUCCUGCACCGUCCGCCCCGCCGCGACGAGGCCCCGGCCCCCGGUGAUGCUGCCGCCUCGCCCGACCUGCCACCACCCACUCCGGUGGUCCCUGAGGCCCGGCCGCCUCGCCAAAGCCCCCCACCGCCGUCCCCGAGCAGCCCCGCACCCGCACCGGAGCGGCGCUCGGCCCUGCGCGACCCCUCCUCGCCCCGCAGGCGCCCCGGGGCCCACGUGCGCCUCAACCCCCUGGUGCUGCUGCUGGAUGCGGCCCUGACCGGGGAGCUGGACGUGGUGCAGCAGGCGGUGGCCGAGCUGAACGACCCCAGCCAGCCCAACGACGAGGGCAUCACGGCGCUGCACAACGCCAUCUGCGGCGCCAACUACGGCAUCGUUGACUUCCUCAUCGCCAGUGGGGCCAAUGUCAACUCCCCCGACAGCCACGGCUGGACGCCGCUGCACUGCGCGGCCUCGUGCAACGACACGGGAGUGUGCGUGGCCCUGGUGCGCCACGGCGCUGCCAUCUUCGCCACCACCACCAGCGACGGCAGCCUGGCUGUGGAGAAGUGCGACCCGUACCGGGAGGGCUACGCCGACUGCUACAACUACCUCACUGAGGUGGAGCAGAGCAUGGGGGUGCUGAACAGCGGGGUGGUGUACGCGCUGUGGGACUACAGCGCCGAGUUUGGGGAUGAGCUGUCCUUCCGCGAGGGCGAGCCCGUCACCGUUCUGCGCCGCCAGCCCCAGGAGGAGCUCGACUGGUGGUGGGGGUCCCUCUACGGCCACGAGGGCUACGUCCCCCGCAACUACUUUGGGCUCUUCCCCAGGGUACGGCCGCACCGGAAGAAGGUCUAAGUGGGGGCCCUGAGGACACGGUGGGGGCUCUGAGCCGGCCCCAGCCCCCGCUAGCCCCCUGGAUGCAUGGGUCCCCUUGCUGGUGGGCACCUCCUCAGCUGUCCCCCCCCAUCCCAUCCCAUCCCAUCCCACCCCACUCUGAGCAAGGCACCAGGGUGCCCCCCACCCCUGUGGUGUCAUAUACCAACCCCCCCAUCUGGUGGCAGCGGGUGUCACCCCACAGUGUUGGCUUCUCGGGGGAGUAAAGAACCUUCAGCUGCA